UUUGGGGUGAUUUCCGGCGUGUUUUAUGGAUUCUCGAUUAUGCUCACCAAACUCUCGAUUCUCACACUUUUUCUGCGGUUCGUACCUCGAGGGAAACUAAGAGUUACUAUUUACAUCAUCAUGGUCACUGUUGUGGUGUAUAUUCUAGUGGCAUCAUUUGAUUGGGUGUAUACCUGUCAGCCAAUAGCAAAAUACUGGGACCUUACAAUAACCGAUGGGUCUUGCAUAAACUGGGUGAAAAUCGCAGUUUUUAGCAGCGUGAUGAAUGCAGUUACAGAUGUUGCACUUCUUGUCUUGCCAAUCAUAUUUCUACGAAAUCUCCGACUCCCGAAGAAGCAAAAGAUUGGCAUUAUGAUUGUGCUGAUGACAGGAGGCUUUAUAUUGGUUGUCAGCAUUGUUAAAGCAAAGCUAACGGUGGGGCUAGUGGAUAAAACAGAUAUUACUUGGGAUAUUGUCGCUCCAACAGUAUGGUG